AUGUCCGCUAAUCCAACUAACACUUCCGAUGUUAGAGGUGACAGAGUUGUCACUAACUCUACAGGUUACCCAUACAAUGACCCAUUUGCUACUCAAAGAGUUGGUCAACACGGCCCAUUGUUGAUGCAAGAUGCUAACUUGAUCGACUCCUUGGCCCACUUCAACAGAGAGAGAAUCCCAGAAAGAAACCCUCACGCCCACGGUUCUGGUGCCUUUGGUUACUUUGAAGUCACUGAUGAUAUUACUGACAUCUGUGGUUCUGCCAUGUUCUCCGAAAUUGGUAAGAGAACCAGAUUCUUGACCAGAUUCUCCACUGUCGGUGGUGAAAAGGGUUCUGCAGACACCGCCAGAGACCCAAGAGGUUUUGCUACCAAGUUCUACACUGAAGAAGGUAACUUGGACUGGGUUUACAACAACACUCCAAUUUUCUUCAUCAGAGACCCAUCUAAGUUCCCACAUUUCAUCCACACCCAAAAGAGAAACCCACAAACUAACUUGAAGGACCCAAACAUGUUCUGGGAUUACUUGACCACUCCAGAAAACCAAGUUGCUGUCCACCAAUUGAUGAUCCUGUUCUCCGACAGAGGUACCCCAGCUUCUUACAGACACAUGAACGGUUACUCCGGUCACACUUACAAGUGGUCCAACAAGAAGGGUGAAUGGCACUAUGUCCAAGUUCACAUCUUGACUGACCAAGGUAUCAAAAACUUGACCAAUGAUGAAGCUGUUGAAAUCGCUGGUAAGAACCCAGACUACUGUCAACAAGACUUGUACGAAAACAUCGCCAAGGGUAACUACCCAUCCUGGACUGUUUACAUCCAAACUAUGACCGAAGAACAAGCCAAGAAGUUGCCAUUCUCUGUCUUCGACUUGACCAAGGUCUGGCCACACAAGGACUUCCCAUUGCGUAGAGUCGGUAAGAUGGUCAUGAACGAAAACCCAUUGAAUUACUUUGCUUCCAUCGAACAAGCUGCUUUCUCCCCAGCCAACACUGUUCCAUACCAAGAACCAUCUGCUGACCCAGUUCUACAAUCUCGUUUGUUUGCUUACGCUGAUGCUCACCGUUACAGAUUGGGUGCUAACUUCCACCAAAUCCCUGUCAACUGCCCAUACGCCUCCAAGUUCUUCAACCCAGUUAUUAGAGACGGUCCAAUGAACGUUGAUGGUAACUUCGGUAACGAACCAAACUACUACGCUUCCAACAAGCAAUACCAAAUUCCAAACCAAGACAGACCAAUCCAACAACACCAAGAAGUCUGGAACGGUCCAGCUCAACCAUUCCACUGGGCUACUUCUCCAGGCGACAUCGACUUCGUCCAAGCCAGAGACUUGUACAAGGUCUUGGGUAAGCAAAAGGACCAACAAGAGCACUUGGCUUACAACAUCGGUACUCACGUUGCUGGUGCUGACCCAGAGAUCCAACAACGUGUUAUCGACAUGUUCUCUCGUGUUGAUGAAGGUCUAGGUGCUAACAUCAGAAAGGAGAUCGAAAAGAACGCCAGCGCCCCAACUGCUAAGAUCUAA